UACUUUCGUCAUUUUCCUUCACUUUUCGUGAUUGUCCGUGGAUUGGCGUUUUUUAAACGGACCAAUGACCGACAACUAUCAGCCACCUCCAAGUGGAUGGUUGGGCACCUCUUGAUGACGUAAGGUAUAGCCCCAUUGGGAUUGGUGAAAUUCAAACAACGCAUCUCGAUGCCACAAUCCGAUUGGCCCGUUGUGUCAGGUUAACCGAGCAACGUAUUUUUGUUCCUGUGUCAACGAAAGAAGAAAAGAGCAGCAGCUAGUGAGAACCUGAAAAGUUUCCAUCAUACAUUCAGUAAAUAUAUUUUUUUUCAUCACCCACAAGCAGAAAGGCCACAUCACGCAAUCUACAAUCCGCUGCCUUUGAAGAGCUCAUUUUGAAGAUGAACUCCAAUGUGGAGAAUUUGCCCCCUCACGUUCUUCGCUUGGUGUACAAAGAAGUUUCAGCGUUAGCCGCGGACCCACCAGAGGGCAUUAAGAUCUACCCCAGCGAUGAAGACAUAACGGAACUGCACACAGCCAUCGAAGGGCCUGAGGGAACCCCAUUUGCCGGCGGCGUGUUCCGAAUGCGCUUGGUCCUCGGGGAGAUCUGCGUCAACGUCCUGAAGAGGGACUGGAAGGCGGAACUCGGCCUCCGACACGUCUUGCUCACAAUAAAGUGUCUCCUCAUCCAUCCCAACCCGGAGUCGGCUCUAAACGAGGAGGCGGGGCGCCUGCUACUGGAGGACUAUACGGAAUACGAGGCACGCGCCCGCCUGCUCACAGAGAUCCACGCCAUGGCGGGGCCCGGCAGCUCCUCGGGGUCCUCGCAGGACCCAAACGACGGGCCCCAGCCCAAGAAGCACGCGGGGGACCUCGCCAAGAGGGCGGGAGCCAGCGUGGCCGCCGUGCCCGCCGCUCUCGGAAAUGGCGCCAACGGACCCAGCAGCAGCAGCAGUAGUAGCUCCAUUAAUAACAUAGCAGUUAAAAAGAAAGCAGAUAAAAAGCGCGCAUUGAGGCGACUUUAAUGCCUUCAAUGCAACAUUU